AUGGGAUCGAAGCCAUGGCUUUACCUGGCUCCGGCCUACCGACCUCUGGAGAGCUAUUGGGACGGCGACGACGACGCGCCGGGGCCGCGAUGCGGCCACACACUCACCGCCGUCUCCGCCACUAAAAGCCAUGGCCCCCGCCUCAUUCUGUUCGGCGGCGCCACCGCCAUUGAGGGAGGCAACGGCGGAGCUCCCGGCAUUCGGCUAGCUGGAGUGACAAAUUCUAUCCAUUCAUAUGAUGUUCUCACCAGAAAAUGGACGAGACUUCGACCAGCUGGUGAGCCGCCAUCACCUAGGGCUGCACAUGCUGCGGCAACUGUCGGCACCAUGGUUGUGUUUCAGGGUGGGAUAGGUCCUGCAGGGCAUUCGACAGAUGAUUUAUACGUGCUUGACUUGACAAAUGAUAAGUUCAAGUGGCACCGAGUUGUUGUUCAAGGACAGGGUCCAGGGCCUAGAUAUGGCCAUGUCAUGGACUUGGUUGCUCAACGUUAUCUUGUUACUGUGAGUGGCAAUGAUGGUAAAAGAGUGCUGUCAGAUGCUUGGGUUUUAGACACUGCACAGAAACCAUAUGUGUGGCAGAGGCUUAAUCCGGAAGGUGAUAGACCUUCUGCUAGAAUGUAUGCGACGGCUAGUGCCCGGUCAGAUGGCAUGUUUUUGCUCUGUGGCGGAAGAGAUGCUUCAGGCACGCCACUAGCAGAUGCUUAUGGACUACUUAUGCAUCGCAAUGGACAGUGGGAGUGGACUCUUGCACCAGGAGUGUCUCCUUCGUCAAGGUAUCAACAUGCUGCGGUUUUUGUCGGUGCUAGAUUGCAUGUAACUGGCGGUGCUCUUAGAGGUGGAAGAGCAGUAGAAGCUGAUGCUGCAGUUGCAGUGCUGGACACUGCAGCCGGAGUUUGGCUCGACAGAAAUGGGCUGGUGACAUCACGAGUAAAUAAAGGACAUAGUGACUCAGAUCCCUUUUUGGAGUCUAUGCGUCGAUGUCGCCAUGCAGCCGCUUCUGUGGGUGUUCGAAUAUAUAUUUAUGGUGGACUUAAAGGAGAUAUGCUGUUAGAUGAUUUUCUGGUAGCCGAAAACUCUCAAUUUCAAUCUGAUAUCAGUUCCCCUGUAUCACCAUCAGAGAGAUCAUUUGCACCUUCAAGUCCAAGAGCAAACAGUGCUGCUAAUUUAAGUCCAUUUUCCCCCAUAUCAUCAACCCCAGACGACAGAUCUGAAACACCCUCUGGUUUUCUUGGUAUGGACAAAAAUUCUAUGGAGAAACUGGCUGAGGCAUCGGCUGCUGAGGCCGAGGUUGCUAAUGCCGUCUGGCAAUCGGCGCAGGCGGCUUCAGCCACUGUUGAGGAAACAUCCUUAUCAGAUGCAAAUUCGCAAUCUGCUGAGACCACGAUGUCCGAUUAUAGUGAUUCAGAGGGAGAUGUUCGGCUUCACCCUAGAGCGGUAGUUGUUGCAAAAGAAGCUGUUGGUAACUUGGGAGGAAUGGUUAGACAGUUAUCCCUGGAUCAAUUUGAAAACGAGAGUAGAAGGAUGAUUCCAUCACAUAAUGACUAUUCGAAUCCUACUAAAAAGUUUACGAGGCAAAGAUCUCCUCAAGGCUUGCAUAAAAAGGUUAUAUCGACUUUGCUGAGGCCUCGAAACUGGAGGCCUCCUUUCAACAGAAAGUUUUUCCUCGACUCUUAUGAGGUUGGCGAGCUUUGUUAUGCUGCCGAGCAGAUUUUCAUGCAGGAGCCGACUGUUCUUCAGCUGAAAGCUCCUGUUAAGGUUUUUGGAGAUCUUCAUGGACAGUUUGGGGAUUUAAUGCGAUUGUUUGAUGAAUAUGGGUUUCCGUCCACUGCGGGAGACAUAACUUAUAUUGACUACCUGUUUCUGGGAGAUUAUGUUGAUCGUGGACAGCACAGCUUGGAGACUAUAACUUUGCUCCUUGCUCUUAAGAUCGAGUAUCCAGAAAAUGUCCACUUAAUACGUGGGAACCAUGAAGCUGCUGACAUCAAUGCACUUUUUGGUUUUCGCAUUGAAUGUAUCGAGAGAAUGGGAGAAAAUGAUGGAAUAUGGGCUUGGACACGUUUCAAUCAGUUGUUUAAUUAUCUCCCGCUUGCAGCAUUGAUAGAGAAGAAGAUCAUCUGCAUGCACGGUGGCAUCGGGAGGUCUAUCAAUUCAGUAGAACAAAUAGAGAAACUCGAGAGACCCAUAACAAUGGAUGCUGGAUCAAUUGUGCUAAUGGAUUUGUUAUGGUCCGAUCCCACUGAAAAUGAUAGCGUAGAAGGCUUGAGGCCAAAUGCAAGAGGACCUGGCCUCGUGACUUUUGGGCCUGAUAGAGUUACAGACUUCUGUAAGAGGAACAAGUUGCAACUCAUCGUGAGAGCUCAUGAGUGUGUCAUGGAUGGAUUCGAACGGUUUGCUCAAGGGCAGCUGAUCACCCUUUUCUCAGCAACCAACUAUUGUGGGACGGCAAACAAUGCUGGGGCAAUAUUGGUUGUUGGCAGAGGAUUGGUCAUUGUGCCUAAAUUGAUUCAUCCCCUUCCACCUCCUAUUCAGUCCCCCGAGACGUCCCCUGAACGCGUGAAUGAGGAGACCUGGAUGCAGGAACUUAACAUUCAAAGACCUCCAACUCCAACGAGGGGUCGCCCACAACCCGAACUUGACCGAAAUUCACUUGCCUAUAUAUGA